UCUGCUGCUCCGCGGCCAACGCGCGGCCCUAGGAUGCCCCGACGGAACCGUGGGGCUGAGCGCACCCCACGCACCCACAGCCUCCUGUUGGGGUCAAAGCCUUGCGCCCGCGGCCCAACGACAAGCAGGGCUACGUAUGGGAGUGAAGUCCCCCCAAAGCACAAAAACGUUUGGGGUUCAAGCCCCUGCCACCCUGUUGCCCACUCCCCAACAUGGCGGACUUCACACCAGUCAACGGCAGCUCAGGCAACCAGUCCGUGCGCCUGGUCACCUCGGCCCACAAUCGCUACGAGACCGUGGAGAUGGUGUUCAUCGCCACGGUGACGGGCUCACUGAGCCUGGUGACUGUCGUGGGCAACAUCCUGGUGAUGCUGUCCAUCAAGGUCAACAGGCAGCUGCAGACGGUCAACAACUACUUCCUGUUCAGCCUGGCGUGCGCAGACCUCAUCAUAGGCGCCUUCUCCAUGAACCUCUACACUGUGUACAUCAUCAAGGGCUACUGGCCCCUGGGCGCCGUGGUCUGUGACCUGUGGCUGGCCCUGGACUACGUGGUGAGCAACGCCUCUGUCAUGAACCUCCUCAUCAUCAGCUUCGACCGCUACUUCUGCGUCACCAAGCCCCUCACCUACCCCGCCCGGCGGACCACCAAGAUGGCUGGGCUCAUGAUCGCCGCCGCCUGGGUCCUGUCCUUUGUGCUCUGGGCGCCUGCCAUCUUGUUCUGGCAGUUUGUGGUGGGGAAGAGGACAGUGCCCGACAACCAGUGCUUCAUCCAGUUCCUAUCCAACCCAGCGGUGACCUUUGGCACGGCCAUCGCAGCCUUCUACCUGCCUGUGGUCAUCAUGACGGUGCUGUACAUCCACAUCUCCCUGGCCAGUCGCAGCCGUGUCCACAAGCACCGGCCCGAAGGCCCCAAGGAGAAGAAGGCCAAGACGCUGGCCUUCCUCAAGAGCCCGCUGGUGAAGCAAAGCGUCAAGAAGCCCCCGCUGGCUGGAGCGGCCCGCGACGAGCUUCGAAACGGGAAGCUGGAGGAGGCCCCGCCACCGGCCCUGCCGCCACCACCACGCCCCGUGGCCGACAAGGACACCUCCAACGAGUCCAGCUCGGGCAGCGCCACCCAGAACACCAAGGAACGCCCCCCCACGGAGCUGUCUACCACAGAGGCCGUGCCCGCCCCUGCCCUGCAGCCGCGGACCCUCAACCCGGCAUCCAAGUGGUCCAAGAUCCAGAUAGUGACGAAGCAGACAGGCAAUGAGUGUGUGACAGCCAUCGAGAUCGUGCCCGCCACGCCUGCCGGCAUGCGCCCGGCGGCCAAUGUAGCCCGCAAGUUUGCCAGCAUCGCUCGAAACCAGGUGCGCAAGAAGCGGCAGAUGGCGGCCCGGGAGCGCAAAGUGACGCGGACCAUCUUUGCCAUCCUGCUGGCCUUCAUCCUCACGUGGACGCCCUACAACGUCAUGGUCCUGGUGAACACCUUCUGCCAGAGCUGCAUCCCCGACACGGUGUGGUCCAUUGGCUACUGGCUCUGCUACGUCAACAGCACCAUCAACCCCGCCUGCUACGCGCUCUGCAACGCCACAUUUAAAAAGACCUUCCGGCACCUGCUGCUGUGUCAGUACCGGAACAUCGGCACCGCCAGGUAGGCGGGCGGGCGAGCCCAGGAGGUGCUGGUGUCACGUGGGCUGGGGGACCACGUGACGGAGGCCCCGUUCCACGUUCCCGUUUGCUGCAGAGGAUGGAGGCUCAGGAAGUGGCUCUGGCUGGAUUUCGAGACCAGAUCCCUGCUCAGGACCUGGAGGCUCGGCCCAGGGACCCUGUCUGUCCCUCCGCCUCAGGAGGCUGGGGACAUUGGCUGGGGUGUGCAGCGGCCCCAUGGUAGCCAACCAGCCACAGAGCAGGAAGGAUGGACACGUGGAGGAGAGCAGAGGGGUCAGGCUCGGAAGGAUGGAAGGGUGGGUUCCCCAUUCUGCUGUGAUCGGUGCUUUCUGCCUUCCUGCCCCCCGCAUGUAGGCUCAGUCCCUUUCCCCAAACCCCAUGCAGGGGCACCUGCAGCUGCUCAGCCGAGCUCUGGGGGCCACUGUGUGUGGGGAGUGCAGGCUGUAUGCACCAGGCCCCGCACCUCCCCUCCCCUCCCCCUCAUCUAGCCAGGUCUGGGAGGUGAUGAAGGACUCCCCUCCCUCUGCCAGGCCCAGGUGAGGGCUCCCAGCUGCACUUCUGCCUCCUCCCGCACCGCUGCAGGUCUGAGAAGUUGGGGACCCACACAGGCCUCGGCGGAACUUCCUGCCUGGCAGUGGCUGGACCGGGAGGCUCCUGUCCUGGUGAGACUGAGUCUCAGUGAAUUAUGGGUCCCUUCCCCAGGCGGGUGGGUUCUCAGGAGAGAAGACUGAACAACUUAGGGAGACAGACAGGGGACCCUUUCAGGGGC